AUGGCCAAGGUGAGAGCGUCAGACAUCCAGGGCAAAACGCUUACAGGAGAGAGCUUGGAGGGGUGGACGGGAAGAAAGUGGAUGUGUAGAACUAGAGGAACUAGAAGACUGAAAUUGGGAGCCUCUCCAACGGCCAUGAUUUUCACGAUCCCUGUUGUUGUUGAAAGAACGCUAGUUGUGGGACCUACCCACAAGUCCUUCAGGUUACUCAUUUCAAGUAGCCAUAUUGGCGGAUCCAAUGGAGAGAUCAAUGGCGGAGGUUUACUGUUCAUGGCAAAGUACAAAGCUCAGGAGAUGAGCAAAGGCAUCUACCAGGGAAAAUUGAUUAGCUCGGGAUGA